UAGGGUUGUUUUUUUUUUUUUUAGUUUAGUAAAUUAAUGCAGCAAGAAACUCCCAAGAUCUGGCGAGCCCUGACAGGGGAGAGAGGGCAGUGGGGAAAUGAAAUGCAUUAGGAGGACACAGAGACACUUUCUUUUUGAGCGCAAUGGGAGUGCUUCCCAAGAAACUUCCCCUUCAUUCCCCUCUGCUUUAGCCCUGAGCAAUGGGACACCUUCCCUACAGCAGCAAUAACUUAUUCAGAAGGAAAAUAGCCCAGGAAGCAGGAAUCAACAGCAGCCAAACAGCGGGCAGAAAAGCAACACAACCGGGACUGCAGCACAGCUCCACAUUGACAAAUUCCUGUGGAUGUAAUUAGGAAGACACCCCGGCUAGCAGCAGUCCUGGGUUGCUGAGGGGCCCCCUACACCACCUACUCCCGCCACACUGAUGGCAAACCUACACUCCCUGCAUCUCCCCCGGUCGCCAGCCUGAUGUCCGGAGCAGGAUCCUGCUGAAAGGAGAUUUCGGUGCGAGAAGCCUGAUCCUCCUGCCCCGAGCACUACUGCAGUGGUGGUGGCACAGACAGAGAGGAGGGACGAGUCAAGACAGCGCCGGAGCGGAGCCGCCAGCCGCUCCGCUGCCCAGGGUGCUGACCGGAGCCGCCUGCCUCGGCGCUGCCCAGGGUGCUGGCCGGAGCCGCCUGCCUCGGCGCUGCCCACCGCCCCAGCCUGCCUUGAGAAGGGUGGCUCACUUCCCCUACCAUUUCUCCCCAAGUGCCAUUUACUUUAUUGGCCAGCCCCACCGGCCCACCCCUUGCGGAGUACAAAAAGAGAAGAGAGCUGGAAAAAUGUGCAACAUCAACGCGCUCGGAGUCUAUGUGUGGGAGACGAUCGUUUUCUUCAGCUUGGCAGCCUCCAAAGAAGCUGAAGCAGCAGCACGAUCUGCCCCCAAACCCAUGUCUCCUUCUGAUUUCCUGGAUAAGUUGAUGGGGCGAACUUCAGGAUAUGAUGCCAGGAUCAGACCAAAUUUUAAAGGCCCACCAGUGAAUGUCAGCUGCAACAUUUUCAUCAACAGCUUUGGUUCAAUUGCAGAAACAACUAUGGAUUACAGGGUGAACAUCUUUUUGCGACAGCAAUGGAACGACCCACGGCUGGCAUACAAUGAAUACCCAGAUGACUCCCUGGAUCUGGACCCCUCCAUGCUAGACUCCAUCUGGAAGCCCGAUUUGUUCUUUGCUAAUGAGAAAGGGGCCCAUUUCCAUGAGAUCACCACAGACAACAAGCUCCUCAGGAUCUCCAGAAAUGGCAAUGUCCUCUACAGCAUCAGGAUCACGCUGACUCUGGCCUGCCCUAUGGACUUGAAGAACUUCCCCAUGGAUGUACAGACGUGUAUCAUGCAGUUAGAAAGCUUUGGUUACACAAUGAAUGAUCUCAUAUUUGAGUGGCAAGAAAAAGGAGCCGUGCAAGUUGCUGAUGGACUGACAUUGCCUCAGUUUAUCCUCAAAGAAGAAAAGGACUUGAGAUACUGCACGAAGCACUACAACACAGGCAAGUUCACCUGCAUAGAAGCUCGUUUCCACCUGGAGCGGCAGAUGGGCUAUUACUUGAUCCAGAUGUACAUCCCCAGUCUCCUCAUUGUCAUUCUGUCCUGGAUCUCCUUCUGGAUCAACAUGGAUGCUGCACCUGCUCGUGUUGGCCUGGGGAUCACCACAGUGCUCACUAUGACCACGCAGAGCUCUGGUUCCCGAGCAUCACUGCCCAAGGUGUCCUACGUGAAGGCCAUAGACAUCUGGAUGGCUGUGUGCUUGCUGUUUGUGUUCUCUGCACUUCUAGAGUAUGCUGCUGUCAACUUUGUGUCCCGACAGCACAAAGAGCUGCUCAGGUUCAGAAGGAAGAGGAGGCAUCAUAAGGAGGAUGAAGCUGGUGAAGGCAGGUUCAACUUCACUGCCUACGGGAUGGGGCCGGCUUGCCUACAAGCCAAGGACGGCAUCUCUGUCAAGGGUGCCAACAACAACAACACAGCCAACCCCGUCCCCCCGCCUUCCCGCUCCCCUGAAGAGAUGCGAAAGCUCUUCAUCCAGCGAGCCAAGAAGAUUGACAAGAUCUCACGCAUCGGCUUCCCAAUGGCAUUCCUCAUCUUCAACAUUUUCUACUGGAUCAUCUACAAGAUCGUUCGCAGAGAGGAUGUGCACAACCAUCUCGGUUGUGCUGAUCAAACACUUUGUGACUUUUGGAUAGAGGAACGCAAAUGUAUUGUCUCUCUCAUCCCCAUCAGAGAGCAUCCAAUGAGAAACCUGAAAAGGACAUCAGGGCCUCCAUCGGAAAUUGCAGCAGUUGGCACCGUAAGUCAGGAAAGACAGGCAAGUCCAGAGAAGUUUAUGAAGUGACAGACAUGGACAUUGAGGCACAGAGGCCAAAUGUCUUAACUCACCACAUGCACAUGGAAUAAGUUACCCUGAAACGCACCACCUGGAGCAUCUCAAUCCUAAUGAGAAAUGGAAUUCAUAUGCAAAAGAUAAGUUUGUGUGGUUCCUGAGCCUGGCUAUGAUGUUAUGGACAGUGUCAGUCACAGCCAGAGCUCACCGCUUUUCAUGGACUUCAGAAUUGCAGGAAAAAGAGUGACUAUGUUUCAAUAGAACUGAAACAGAAGGCAACUGCUACAAGCCAUUAUCACACGUGUUUGAGAUGCAGUCAAACUUCAGUGAAUCGAGAUCUAUAAAGAGAUCUUAAGAUGAAGCAACAGACUAAGGACUUCACUCGAAAAUGGCCUGAUAUGCAAAGGUCACAGUGUAUUUCAUUGCAGUCUACCAUCCCUGCAGCAUUGGUGAACACUAUUAUGGAAGCAGCCUUUGAAUCCUGAAGAUGCACAAACCCUGUCCUAAGCAGCUGUUUGUAACCAUCAACCUGAGAUCAAACAGCAGCCAAAAGCAGGCAUAACAUUAUUGUGGACAGUGGCAUUUUAUGGACUGUGUUGUCUACUCACAUUCAACCACAAUGUGCAGCAUAUCAUGGUUAUUGUAUUAAAAUUGAGAUGAGAAGUAACACAAAAGUGAUACAAAAAAAGGAGGGGAGGACCCAGGAAUUUCUCCCUUCCAACUACAGACGCACACCUCCCAUUUACAUGAUUUUGUAAAUGAAUUUAUCUUUAGAAGAAAAAUAAAAAUACUUAAAAAUUAAGAUAUUUAUGUUCAAGACAACUAUUGCACACUUGAUUUUACUUGUGGGGCGGGGGGAGAGAUACAAACACACAGCAGGAAUACUUUAUAAUUGAAAGCACAUUAAAUAGAUAGAAGUGGGAACAGUUCAGCACAUAGAAAGCAGGUUUUCAUUGUAUCCUUGAGAAACAGCAUUUCAGAGUUUCCCAGAAGCAUCCACCUCACUACUCAAACCCCAACGACUCUGGUAUUUAAAAAGGAUACCUCCCCAAAACUUAAAAAAACCCUAUUAAAUAGUGGCAUUGUUUUGCCCUAUUUUCUGUAUCUCUCCCAUCUGUAAGCCAUUUCUAUGAAGAAAAUCUUUGUUUCAACAGCUUGACUUACUAAAGCUUAUUUGUUCCAAAAUACAACAGAGCCUUGAUACUGUUUAUACCAGGGACAGCAAAGGGCUCUGACAGAUGAGCUGGGCUGGAUUUAGCAGCCACAGUGUAAGAUGUUACUGGCUGCCCCAUCCCUUUGCCCAGAGUCACUGUGCCCCAGAGAGGGCAGUGGGGGCAACUCUCUCAUUCACCUUUCACUUUGUAGUGGAAUCAAAGUCUGCUAAAGUGGCUGCUCAAGGUAAACAGGGGGCUACCAACACAGACCAAGAGAGGGACCUACGGCAGCUGUGGGGCAGACCAGACAGCUAAGAACUGCACCCUCUCAUCCAGACCCCAAUGACCUAAACAGAAUUCCUAAAUACUAAAUCCUCAUUUGAACUACUUCUCCCCCCUGCCCUCUCUUUUUUUU